UGACACUUGACAGUUCAAAAACAGGUUUUAUUUGAUGGGAACUCAAAUUAGUAAAAUUAUCCGGCCCACCACCACAAAAAUGGCGAACUCAGCGGAAAUUCAACUAUUCAUUAAAGACACUAUUUCUAAGGAAAAAGUUGUUGUGUUUUCAAAAUCAUAUUGCCCUUACUGCACUAUGGCUAAAGAAGUCUUCAACAAAGUAAAGCAGCCCUUCCAAGUGAUAGAGCUGGACCAGCGUGAAGACGGCACUGACAUUCAGGGCAACCUUGCUUCAAUCACAGGAAUCCGAACGGUCCCGCAAGUGUUCAUCAAUGGCAACUGUGUCGGAGGUGGCUCUGAUGUCAAGGCCUUGCAUGAGUCCGGGAAGCUAGAAUCCAUGCUUAUUGGUUAACUUACCAUUAUAAAUAGAAGCAAUUGUUACCUCGACAUCAUUAAGCCAUGGUUAAAAAAAAUAGAAUAUAUUUAAAAAAUAUUGAUAAAAAAGUACUUUUGCCAAAAAAACUGCUUAAUAUGCCUUUUUACAUAGUCAACAUUUUAUUUUGCAUAAGUCUUGGCAAGCUCAUUUGUUUUUAGAUAAAACCAAAUUGAUUCAGUCACUUUUGUCAAGUAAUGUAAAAAAUAAUCGAAUAAAUUAUUUGUAUAAUCUGCAUUAGCUUCUUAGUACAAGACAUCUGUUGUUGUGAAACAAGUUUUUAAUGAUCAACUUAAACAUUGUACUUAUGCAAUUGUUUGAGUUGCCUUUACAUUUUUUUAAAGUUGUUUUGUAUAAAAUUUUAUAUGCAUAAUUUAAAUAAACAAGCUACAAGUUA